CACAAUACAACCGUUAGGGGGCGACAGAGACCUGAGCACUUCCGGUAGGUUUAGGAGAAGAAGUAAGAAGCCGGAAGCAUCGACAAAUAAUCCUUCACUACGUGUCUGUAAACAUGGCUACCGGAGCGGAUCAGGCGGUCGGGAUGAGUCUGGUUCUGUUCAGCCUGCUGCUCUUCUCGUAUUACACCGUCUGGGUCAUUGUUCUGCCGUUCGUCGACGGACGCCACGUCCUUCACAGAUACUUCCUUCCUCGGGAAUAUUCGGUCAUCCUGCCUGGAGUCGCUGCGGUGCUGCUGCUGCUCUGCGUAGGAACCUUCACCGCCGUCAUCCUGUGGAAAAACCGCAAACCAAAGAAAACCGACUGAGUCCCUCUGGACUCAUCCUGAGGAACUCUGGCUCCCUCUGGUGGCCGUUCUGUCCCGAUGACGUCAGAGGCUGAGCCCAAGGAAUGACGUCACAGUUCAGGAACGUGAAACUGAUUGUUGAAUAAUGAGGAAAUCUGUAAAUAUUCAGAGUUUAUUGCUAUGGAAACAGUUUUCUAUAAAUGUAGGAGUGAAUUUGUGUACAGAUGGUUUCACUUUUGUUUACAUUGAAAUAAAAUAAAACUUUUGCUCCUUAAAA